ACCGUAAGGUGCAGCACUUUCGUUGUGGUCCCACGAGAGAACAAAGGCAUGAGCCCUCUCGUUUUCUGUCGUUUUCUCUCUGGUAGUAUUAAUACAAUUAGAUUUUUAUAACAUAGAAUAAGUAACAUUGAAGUAAAUUAAGGAUUUGAUACGAUUCAUUUUAAUUACGUGCAUAUGUUUCCAAAAGGGUUAUAAUGAGCAAUAAAAUAUAAUGAAGUGACCAACCUACUUUGAUUAUAAGCACGACCACCUAGUACGAAUAGGAAUAAUAGAAACAUAAUUAAAAACGACAGCGUUAAAAAUAGUAGUAUCGGUAAAUUUAAGGAUGGUAAAGUAAUUUAAAGAUUUUUCAAAGCAUAUGAAUGCGUUUUAGGCGUUACGUUUUGAUAAAACAUGUACGAGUGUCGAUGUUUGAAUUUAAAUUGAUAUAAAGGACUAUUUUCGAUAAAACAUAAAAGUUGUUCAUUAAUUUUAAUAAAUAUUGAACGUAAAACAUCGAACAAUGACAUUCUAUUGAUAGUGUAAUUUCUGUGUAUUGCUAUAAUUAUCUUAUUUAAUAUGCCACAUUUUGGAAAUGGAAUACAAGAAAAUUAUUAUUACAUCAAGAGGGAUUCAAUCAGAUAAAGAAAAGGAUCAUUAUCAUUGUAAUUUUCCCAGCCACAGUAAUUGGCCAUGGCUGAGAACUUGGAAAGUGAAAAAUAAACAAGGAAAUACUCCUUUACAUUUAGCUGUUAUGUUAGGAAGGAAAGAGUCAGUCCAACUGUUGCUUGCACAUGGUGCGCCAGCGAAAAUAAAAAAUUUAGCUGGAUGGAGUCCCCUUGCAGAAGCGAUCAGUUAUGGAGAUAGACAAACCAUAUCAUCAUUGGUGAGGAAGUUAAAGCGAGAAGCUAGAGAACAAACGGAAGAAAGAAGACCAAAUUUAGUUGCAACACUGCGUCAAAUGGGAGAUUUUUACAUGGAAUUGAAAUGGGAUUUUCAAAGUUGGGUGCCACUUGUGUCUCGUGUACUUCCUUCUGAUGUUUGUAAAAUACAUAAAAGUGGAGCAUCUAUUAGAAUGGAUACCACUUUAGUAGAUUUUAAUGACAUGAGAUGGGAAAGAGGUGACAUAUCAUUCAUUUUUAACGGUGAUCAAAAGCCAAGCAAAUCAUUAGCAGUACUUGAUAACAAAGCAAAACGUUAUCAACAAGUGGUUUGUGAGGGAACAGAGGCAGAAAUACAAGACGAAGUUGAUAUUCUUAUGUCUAGCGAUAUCAUGGCGGCACAAAUGUCAACAAAAAGCAUUACACUUUCAAAAGCUCAGACAGGCUGGAUAUUUCGUGAAGACAAAAGGGAGAUGGUAGGACCUUUCCACGCGGAUUUUUACCAAAUCAAUGGAAUGGUUUUGGAAAGUAGAAAACGGCGAGAACAUUUAAGCGAAGAAGAUUUGCAAAAGAAUAAGGCUAUUAUGGAGUCAUUAACAAAAGGAAGUUCACAGGGAUUUGCUAAUGGAAAGCCUCAUGUUAGAAGAGCAUCGUUAAACCCACCACCGGAAUCAGAUAUUACUUGGGAAGAGUAUAUUAUGGCUCCACCUGGUCAAUGUCCGCUACUUGGGAGGAAUCUUGUCUACAAGGAAAGUAGUAAAUCUUUCAAAGCAACAGUUGCCAUGAGUCCAGAUUUUCCACUAACUGUCGAUAUGUUACUUAACGUUUUGGAAGCAAUAGCGCCGUUCAAACAUUUUAGUAAACUGCGAGAGUUUGUUCUUAUGAAAUUGCCGCCAGGGUUUCCCGUUAAGAUUGAUAUACCCAUUUUACCCACAGUGACAGCAAAAAUCACAUUUCAAGAGUUUGCCUUUUGCGAUAAUAUAGAUCCGAAAUUAUUUCAAAUACCGCCAGAUUACAUUGAGGAUCCUAUGAGAUUUCCAGGCUUAUGACAGCUUUAUAUGAUAAACAGAACUCAAGUCAAUUAUCACAUUGAAGAGAAAGACAUUUACAAAAAAUUGUUUGCAAAUAACCAUUUGGCUUUUGAAUUAUUUCAAAUAUAUGGCUGCCAGGAUGGUCUCCCUAAAAGUUACAAAGUACUUUUUUAAAAAAGAAUGCUUUGACUUGGAAGGUGAAAUAUAGCAUACAUUCUUGACGAUAAAUAUGCACAGCAACAGUUCAAGGGACGGCAUACAUUAUUUAUAAAAUUGUGUGCUAAAGAAGAAAGCAACUUAGACUUAUGCACGUUGAGAUAUACAUUCUACACUGCGGACUGGAUCAAGAAUACAUCUUACUUUACUUCAGUUUCAGUUAUGAAUUUCUUUUUGCAUUUAGUAACUGAUAUUAAAAAAGAAAGUAUUUUAGUUCUACCUACAAAUGUUUAUAAUAUUCAUUUAUUUUAUUUCUUUUGAUCAGUGUAUUUUUGAUUACUAGCAAGUUUCUUGUGGAAGCCAGUAUUAUAAAUAAAUUCUUUUUGGAUAUCAUGUUUAUUAGUUUAACAUACAUUAUCACUUAGCGAGUAGUGCAAGAGUCAAUACACUGUUUACAAUAUUUCCUGAGUUCCACUUCAAAACUCAAUAUAUUGUUGCCAAGAAUGACGUAAUGUUUCGUUUGCUAGUGUGUGGUACUAUGGCAAGUCAUAUUUUAAUAUUUCAUUUUCUUCCAAUUUUCGUUCCAACGAUAUUAACUAAUCUUUUGAUUACUUCAGUUAUUAUAAUAAUGAAAGAAGUAUAUAAUGUUUAUUCAUAUAAGACGUAUUGCAUUCAAGAAAGGUCAUUAAAUUUAAGAAUAAAAAUUUGACUUUACUGUAAGGAAAUUAGCUUACUGAAGUAUCAUCAAGUAUCAUAUUGGUCUCACGAUUUUAUAUGUGGUUGGUCUCCUCAGGGAAAUCAUAUCUAAUAUCUUGGUUUCUCGCGGACUGAUCUGAGUAUAUUAAAGUUGAAAUUAAACCUGAA